GAACUUCACAGUUUGCUGGUGGGUGGGCAGUUUCAAACCCAUCUCUCUUGUACGUCCAAUCGUUCGUAACUAGCUUUAUCUUGUCCUCACACAUACUAAAGAAGAAAUUGAAUCACUCUCCUUGCGGUUUCAAUUCUUUUGUGACUGUUGAAGUUUUUUAGUUCUAGAUCAGACAACUUCGUCAUGACUCAAGAACAUCUAGAUCUGAUCAGCAAUUUGCCAGAAGACAUCCUCCAAAGAAUCAACUCCUUCCUGCCACUCAAAGAGGCGGUGAGAACAAGCCUCCUCUCCACUCAAUGGAGGUCUCUCUGGACACCCACGGUGGUGAAUCACUUCCAUGCAGGUGACGGCCCGACUGCUACGGUCAACGCAGUUGAAGAUUCAUUAGAAGCGAUCGGUGCGUUUCUGGGAUCUUACGAUAGCCCAGAGAUGCGCAAGCUGUGUUUCCGGUUGCCCGAGGGUCAUGUGACCGUUGUUGCCACGAAGGGAGUCGACAAAGAGCUCCAUCUCAAUUUCUUACACAGCGAAAAGGAGGAGCAAAAAUGUUAUUCCCCAAUCAGAAGGGAAUUAGGUAAUACAACUCCUCCUAUCAAUAUCACCAAUUUAUCCACCUUAAGGACUCUUCAUCUACGAUCAGUUGCCAGUGUCGCCGAGCACUUUGCCUCCUCUUUGCUCGCGAAUUGCCAGCUUCUCCAUAGCUUGAAGAUUGAGAAAUGCGGCGGACUAAAGAGAAUUGCGAUUGAGAAGAAUGAGAGCCUUAAGAGCUUGAUAAUUGCGGAUUGCUUGGACAUAGAGAAUGUGACUGUUUCAGCUACCGGCUUAAGGUCCUUUGUGUAUAAGGGCCUAUUAACCCAAAUCCACAUGAAGAAUGGUUUGAAUUUGGUUGAUGUGGUGCUUGAUUUGGAGGGCGCUUUCGGUCACGGUGACUUCGACUGUGAAGAAGUUCUCUCUCUCCUCUCUUCCUUGAAAGAAGUGGAGACUCUCACCACAAGUGGUUGGCUUCUUGAGUGGUUAUGUUCAGCUGGAGUUAUCUGUGGAAGGCUAGAAUUCCAGCUUUACAAGUUGAAGCAAUUGAGGUGGAUUGAUUCUCUAAUGGAUGCCGCAAAGCGCGAUUCAUUGGCUUGUUUCUUGAAUAUCUGCCCAAUCUUGGAAAAGUUGUUCAUCACAAUUGAUCCCAGCAGGAGCAGAGUGAUCUGUCCUUACUUUCAUCAACAUUGGCAUGAGCCUCAUCUUUGGAUGGAUUUUCCCACUGUGAAGUCCAAUGUUUUGCAGCUGAAACACUUGACGCUCAUUGAGUUUUUGGGCUUUACGAUUGACGGAGAAGAUGGGUUGUUAUCGUCACUAGUGGAUCUUCUCCUAGAGAACACAAUCGUGCUUAAGUCGAUCAUGGUGAAAUCACAUGAGAAUGUCUCGUGGGGAGUCACGAAGGUGCCCAGCAGACGGCCUACACUGAAGUGGUGGAAUUGCAGAAGACGGACAGCCAUUUCCUUGCCUAGAAAUUUCUCUUUUGCAUUGAUAGAAGAUAGAUGAAGUAAAAUACGAGAAUUUGAAGCAGCCUCCAUGUACUUAUUGACCUUCCAGCCCCAGGUGAAUCUGUGUCCAGGUUUUGCGUUCUGCUUUAGGUUUACAAUUUUUCCUUGAUUGAAAAAUUUACCAUAAAACUGAUCAUUUCAUAGUCAGUACCGGCUGAUCAGGUAAACUGCUAAAGAAUUAGCAAGAUGAGAGGUAAAUAGGUGAGU